AUGCCGUCCAAAGGAUCUUCCCACAAGUUCAAGCACUCCGCCACGGGCAGCCGUCCGCAGGACAGAGCUGACUACUCGGACAAGAAUUCUAAACGGCAGGACCGUGCUGCCCGUUGGCCUGACGUCGCCACAUCUUCGGCCGCUUCAUCCUCAACGGUGCAUGCGAGAGGUCAUGUGCCAGGGCUCGGCGCCUUUCAGCAGCGUAGCACGACUGGGGUUCCUGGCCAGCACCAGCCUGGACCUGCCGCCGGCCAUGAACUGUCAGAAGGCGGCAAGACGGCUACAGCAGACGAUUCGGAGACGGUGACGCUGAAACUGCUAACAGCAGACCGCAUUGUCGAGGGCGGCGGAAUCAAAGUCCCAGCUACGCACCCUUAUUUCCUGUACCACACUAUCUACCGUUAUUUCCCCACGAGCAACGUGCGCGAUGAGAGGGGGCUCGAAACUUGCAUGAAUGGACGGUCCAGAUAUGGGAAUACAGACAGUUUGGAUCAACGGCCUCGCGCCGGGAACGUGGAUCAUCGAGGUGGAGAACCAGCCUUUCAAGGACCAGGAAAACGAGGACUUUAGCUGUACCGAGCCCAUCGCGAUUUCGAGAUUUGGGACGGGCUUGGAGGAGGAGGAAGAAGGGAAUGGGGACUGGUGGGACAAGUAGUGGACUGCUACUUUGGUGGUGGUGUGGGAAAUGAGGGGACGUCCUUGGUUUGAUAUACCUUUUCUACUCUUUUCCUUUUUGUUCCCAUCAUCAGUCAUUCAUUG